AAGGAAGAGUGUCCAAUGCUUCAGAAAAUUCAAUUGCAUUCAGUGAGAAUUUAAUGCCAAAGCCAUAGACAACGUGCUCAGCAUGCUUGGCAGAAGCGAUUCCUAGAAAUAUGACCUAAGUGCAACAAUGGACCAACAAUUGAUUUGAAUCAGAAACUCCACUAAAACUGUACAUUUGUUUUUUUUUUUAAUUGGUUAAUAUUAUUUAGUUUUAUGUUUCAGUUAUGGCUUCAAACGAAGAAGUAGGAAACGGUUUGAGUUUGAAAUAUUGGAUGAACCAUGAGAAGACUAGUGUGAUUGUAGCAGAAGCAGACGGGGACUUGGUAGAUGUUCUCUUCAGUUUCCUUACCCUUCCAUUGGGAACUAUCAUCCGUCUUUUGAACACCCCUCAACAACAAGAAGAACGUGAGAACACCUCUGAACAACGAGAAGGGCAUGACAACGGCUAUGAACAACAGGAAGGGCGUAAUAACACCUCCUUACAACAAGAAGGACGUGAGAACACCUCUGAACAACGAGAAGGGCAUGACAACGGCUAUGAACAACAAGAAGGGCGUGACAACACCUCCUUACAACAAGAAGAACGUGAUAACAGCUCUGAACAACAACAAACGCAAGACAACACCUCUGAACAACAUGAAGGGCGCGAGAACGGCUCUGGACAACAAGUAAGGCUUUCGAACUACUCUGAACAACAAGCACGAACUGGUUGCAUCGACAAGUUGUGCCAGUGUUUUAAGGAUAUGUUUGGGCUUCGCAACAGCCCUGAACAACUAGUAGAGCUUGGUUGCAUCAACGAGCUGUUCAAGAGUGUUAAUGAUUUGAAGCCUGAUGAUUUCAGGAACAAUAUCUGCCAGAAAAUGUUACAUUCUCCUCGCAACCCCUUAGAGAGCUCUUGCCAGAGACUAAAAGUGAAAGUGGAUGAUUCAGAACCCACAAAGUAUUUCAUGUGCCAUAACUGUUCAAAAAAAGGAAGUAAUUUGUUGGUGAGUUCCUUUUAUGAUGUAAAGUGCGACUGCGGGUCAUUGAUGAGGAAAGAAAUAGAACUGCUGGAAGAGGCUGCUGCUGACGAUGGCGUUUUUGUUAAAGAAAAGGCCAAGUUCUUCAUCUAUGAUAACUUGACAGUGCGUCGAAGCUGUCCCAGUGAAUUCAUUAAACCAACGCUCAAACUUCGACACAAAAAACUCGCAAAGCCUGAGGAAAUACUUCUUGACAGGAAUAAGAUACUUAACAUACUGAAGCAAGCAUUAACCUCCGAAACCCCUCUUAGCGAUGUCUUAUUGGGAAACACAACAUCCAAGCGAUCGGUCUCUUUCUCACGAGUUAUUGGUCCAAGUGAUUGCAAAGAUUAUUUAGAAAUCAAGGUAAUGGUGAGUAAAUCAGACAACAAGAUUCAAUUCGUUGAAGCAGAUGGAGAUUUUGUCGAUUUUGUGGCCAGUUUCCUCACAACACCUCUUGGAUCUAUUCUGAACCUUAAGAAUAAGAAACUGUCCUGCUACCCCAUACCACUUCUUGCAUCUAUUCUGAAGUUUAGGAAUGGCAGAUUGUCCUUAGGAAGCAUUCGUAACUUGUAUAAAAGUGUGAAGAAUCUGGAUCCAUCGUGGUUCAUAGAGUCAUCGAACAAAUCCUUGCUGAAUCCCAAGGUGGCUCUUCAUUUUGGUUGUGAGGGAAAUCCACUAUUAAAUCCAAAGCAAGAUGACACUACCAAAUAUUGGUAUGGCCUUGGAGAAAUGAAAAAUAAAAACGGUCGUGUCAUCUGUGAAAAGAGCAUGAUUUCAAAGAAACAUGAUAUGCUACAACAGCCCAAAGAUAUCGAAAUGUUGGACCCAAGAUCUUCCGAUAGAAAAAAAAAAGAUGGUGUGGGAUUUAUGAAGAGGCCUUGUCUAUUUCUUGUGUCGGAUAAUCUGAAAUUGUCACCGUUGACAACCACCAGUCUUCCAGAUUCACUUCAUAAUCUUUCAGAUCCACUUCAUGAUUCGAAUAAUCUCCUGUCUACUGGUUUGGAGGAACAUCUGCUGAAAAUCACGAAGUCAAAGGCGACAAACCUGUUCAGGGCUUCUUUGACCUCCGACAAAGGUGCUUUUACUCGGAGCCUAUCCUGCUUAUUGUUGAAGUGGAGACUCCAAAGACGCAUUCCAUUUUGGGGUUGGUGGAGAAACAAGAGAAACAAAAAGCGAGAGAAAAGAAACAGACGAAAAAGUGAGAAAAAUAUCAAGUUAAAUGACAAGAAAGAGAAAAAGAUAGAGAAAAAGAAACAAAAAAAGAUUGCAGUAGAAACUAAAAAUGCAGUAGAAUCUAAAAGGAAAAAGGAGGAGAUUAACAAUAAUUCAGUGGAGAAGACAAAGGAAGAAAUCAAAACCUAAAUUGAUAAAGGUGGCGUAGAACAAUCCUUCAUAUUUUGAUGUUUGAAAUAGUUGUGUUUUAGUGGAUUUAAUGAUCAUUUAACAUUUAAUAUUUCUUUAUUUUAUAAAAAUCCUCAGAAUGCUCUUCAAUAAUUGUACGAGUAUAUA